AUGGCCAACCACCCUGACAACGACGUAAUCAUGGACGACGUAGGUUACGUUCGAGUCGACACUCCAGCGUCCAGCGUCCAACUGCCAUACAAAAAUGAAUCCUCUCAGCAGGGCGGUCAUUUCGUUUCUAGGCAUUCGAUCCACCAAGCAUUUCCGUCACCUGGGCCUCAAGACACGUCACCAAUGAUGCAGUCGCUGAUGGGGGAGGAUCACAUGAUGAAUGUCCCCGUCAGCAGCCAAAUGACAUGGCCACAGCCCCCUGGGAUGGGCACUCGGCAUGCCACCCAGCGCGAGCGAGUGGACGAGGAUCUCAUUGUCCUGGCGCCCGUGGCAUGUGCUCAGGGCAGCUUUUGUAACAAUCCGGAGCACGAGCAGCUCCUUGCCAACUUGAGCUUUUGCCAGACCGAGCUCGAGAUCAAAAACUGCGAAUUGGCGUGGCUGAUGCCUGCUGCGGAGCACAAGAUCCGACAGCUUGAGAGGGGCCUCGAGUGGGAGAUGAGCAAGAGCGCCCAGCUGCAGCAGAAAAUCGACGAGCAGGUCGGAUUGAUCGAGAAGAGAGACGAAUACUGGAAGGAGCAGGUCGAGUCAUUCCGAGCACAGAGCGAGCAGCGCAUAAGCGCGCUUCAGUCGCGGCUCGGGGAGGAGAAGGAGGAGCGGCUGACGGCCAGCUGUAAGGCCAAGCUCAACUACAGAAACUGGAUGACGGCGGCCCGCGAGCUGCGCAAGGCCAACGCCUCGCUGCGCGGACCCCACCACCUGUCAGACCAGGACCUGAUCGACAAGACGAAGCAGCUGAGGUACAUGAUCCGCAACUUCUCAGCCACCAACUUCGUCACGCGGCGGGGGUACCCUGCCGGGGCCGAGGUGAUGCGACAAGAGAGGCGCGUCCACCUCCCGCUCGGCACCGAGGCCGGGCAGGUCAUUAUGCGCUUGGACGACGACCCGUUGCUCAACACCCAGAUUCUCAUGUUUACAGACGACUGCCACAUUUUCAUCGAGGCCUUUCUCUGGAGCUACCUCUUGAAGUCUGUGUUUGGCCGUUUCCUGUGGGCUGGGAGGGCUGUGGAGCCGCUGACAACAUUACUGUCGCUUUUGGGUGAUGAUAAUUGUAAAGCGCCCGGUGACCCAGUGUCGACAUCGGCCAAAAGGGCAGAGCAUUUCAAAACAUGGCGCGCCAAGACCUUUGACCUCGUCGUCACGUCUACGGCUGUCACGGUGGACGCGGACCACACCUUGCAGAUGGAACGGGAGGAUGCGAUAAGGUCGGUCCUGAAGCUUGCGGACCGACAGCUCGGCCCUCGUACAAGUUUGGAGGACUGCGCGACAGAAAUUGGGCAGAUCUUUGAUGUAGCCGUGACGCUGGACAAGGAGAUGCACAUAAGAACGACGCCGGUCGGGUGGCUGAACAGAGACGUCGGGUCAAAUGCACAUUUCGACCCCCAGACAAUGGUACUGGAGAACGGGCAGAGCCCCUGCAAAGACCAGAAACUGCUACUGAUGGUCUCGCCGGGCUUGGUAAAGGGUGCGCAGGACCCCAACAAAGACGACGUCUUGUUGCCCAUGGAGGUAUUCUGUGAGGAUAAAGAGACGGCCAGGGAGCUCCGGAUGUCUCUACAGCGGCCAACAGCGCGUGCACAGCCGCGACGGAUGUUGGCCAGGAUUGACAGGCCACGUAAUUUUAUUUCCAAGCUGCCAGAUCAGAUCAGGGGCAUGUUCAGAUGAGGGGAAAAUUCGUGCUCUUAGUAGGCCCACAUACUGCUUCUAGCGCUCGUCUUUUUCUGCGCAAAUCCUCUUUGUCUUUUUACAUGUGUAACGC